AUGGGUUUCUCUCUCCAUGCCGAAAACAGUAAUGAUCCACCUGAGGUCCGUAACUGGCGAAUACACCUUAUCGCCGUGGUGAUGAGUAUGGGAGCGAUUGCUAUGGGCUAUGAUACCAGCGUCAUUGGCGGAACGAUGGCCCUGGAUUCAUUUCGUCGAGAUUUUGGCCUAAAUAACAGGUCCGAGUCAGAAACAGAUACGCUGGAAGGCAACAUAGUGUCGACGUUCCAAGCAGGAUGCUUCUUCGGGUCUCUUCUCACCUUCCCACUUGCCGAAAAGUUUGGACGAAAGUUGGCGACUAUCAUCGCAGUGAGUAUCUUCUGUGUUGGUGGCAGUCUUAUGACUGCUGCGUCCGGUCACCUCGGUUUGAUUUAUGCUGGUCGUGCCAUCGCAGGAUUUGGGAUUGGAUCUGUAUCGCUCCAAGUACCAGUUUAUAUUGCUGAAAUGGCACCAUCAUCUAUCCGUGGUCGGCUGGUUGGUAUUUUCGAAAUCUGCUCGCAAGGUGGCGGCAUGUUAGGAUUUUGGAUCAAUUAUGCCAUCAACCGCACGGUAUCCUCCUCCCAACGAGCUCAAUGGCAAAUACCAUUGGGUUUACAGCUCCUCCCAGGCGGUCUCCUCCUAGCGGGAGUCUUCUGGUGUCCCGAAUCUCCGCGUUGGUACGCUAAACAAGAUCGAUGGGAGGAAGCCGAACGGAGUUUGACAUGGGUGCGCACUCUGCCUGCGCACCAUCCCUUCAUCCAAGACGAACUUCAGCAGAUCCGUGAGCAGAUCAUAAUCGGCCUUCCCCACCCAGCGACCAAGCAUAGCCCGUGGUACUAUGUGAAGCGCUUAGCGCAAAAGGGAACUCGCAACCGUAUCGCCAUCGGACUCUUGUUAAUGGCUUUUCAGAAUUUGACAGGCGUGAACAUCAUCACAUACUACUCUCCGCGAAUCUUUGAAACACUUGGUAUAGCUAGCACCGACACUAAAUUAUUUGCAACUGGAUUCUAUGGGGUUGCAAAAACGAUCGGAAUGAUAAUCUUCAGUGUGUGGCUGGUAGAGAGGGUCGGAAGGCGCAGUGGACUGGUAUGGGGUGCUUUUAUUGGCAGCCUUCCAAUGUGGUACAUAGGAGGCUACGUUUUCGUACAGGAUCCAACAGGCACGUCGGCCCGAGGGGACACGGUACGCACUGCUUGGGGUUAUAUUGCGAUGGUUUGCGUCUACCUUUACGGGCUCAUUUACUGCGCUACUUGGCAGGGAAUCACAUGGGUAGUGUGCUCGGAAAUCUUUCCAAUUGACGUUCGUAUGCUGUGUGUAGCGAUCACAACAGCAGACCAGUGGCUCUGGUCAUUCAUUAUCAGCCGAAGCACACCAUACAUGAUCACCUCGCUUGGCUAUGGAACGUAUUUUUUUUUCGCGUCGCUGAUGAUCUGCAUGGGCUUCUGGGCGUGGUUUUUCGUCCCUGAGACAAAAGGUAAAACAUUGGAAGAGAUGGAGGCCUUAUUUGGGGCACCAAUUGCUUCCGACUUUGAAUUUGGCGGCGCCAACGUGGACGAGAAGCAGAAAGAAACCCUACACGUCGAAGCUGCCGAAAUGAAAGGGAGUAAUGCAAAGUCCACACAGUGACGCCCAUGCUGGUAAGACGGCACCUGGAAAAGCAGAAGACGACAUUAAACAUGGUUUGGAUAUGCUGCUAAGAUGAAUUCAGACAACCAUCAUAUUGGAUACGAUUGAACAUAGCUAGGCUAUGGUACGGCAUUUUGUGGAUAUGAUCCGGAAUUAUUGGGAUUAUAGGGCACCUCAGGGCUUGAGGCACAGUCAUUACCGAGAUGACUGCUCUAGUUAAAUCAAGCUAGUUUAACUUCCAAAACCUGUGCUUGAAUCUAACCUUUGUUGGAUUAUGCUGUGUCUCUAUUACUUUUACAUAAUAAUCCCAAUUCUAUCCUGAG